AUGGUGGCUAGUCUGCAAAUUCAGCCAGGUUGGUGGGAGGAGAUAUGUCAGGCUACCGGGGAGGAUCAGAGGCUUCACCAAUGGGUGGAUGAGAAGGGUCAGCCAGUGAAUAUAGGUUUUGAGUACAAGGAUGGAAUCUUGAGGAUGAACGGGCGAAUUUAUAUUCCUAAUAAUGAAGAAUUAAGGCAAAGGAUUCUAGAUGAAGCGCAUCGAUCAAAGUACAUUGUUCAUCCAGGGGCAAACAAGAUGUAUAAGGACUUGAGGACAACAAGGAAGAAAGACUCGAUAUGGGUUGUUGUCGACAGGCUAACAAAUUCGGCUCAUUUUAUACCUGUUCGAACUGGUCAAGGUGCGGAAGAGUUGUCAUGGAUUUAUGUCCGGGAGAUUGUGCGGCUGCAUGGGACCCCAAUAGAGCGGGUGAACCAGGUUUUGGAAGACAUGUUGCGGGCAUGUGUCUUGGAAUUUGGAGGAAGUUGGGACGAGUACUUGCCAUUAGUGGAGUUCUCAUAUAAUAAUAGCUAUCAGAGUAGCAUUGGCAUGGCACCGUAUGAAGCGUUGUAUGGCAGGCAAUUCAGAUUGCCUUCAUGCUGGCUUGAGGUGGGCGAAAGGCAGUUGGCCAGGAUUGAAAUGGUGCAGCAAGCCUCUGAGAAGAUUGAUGUGGCGAGAAGGUGUAUGAAGAUUGCUCAAGAUUGCCAAAAGUACUAUGCGGAUCACCGCACUUGGGAUUUGGAAUUUCAAGAAAGGGAUUGA